AGCUAGACACUGCAGCGUUCGUGUGUGCGCUCUAGGUUGAGAGAACACGAAAUAGGCGAGUUGUGUGAAUAUAUUUGAUUAUUCGGUUAUAUCACAAGCCCAGUUAGUGUAGUAUAGAGGCAGGAUGGUGGACAGUAUCUACCGCACACGCUCUCUCGGUGUAGCCGCCGUCGGCCUGCCGGACCAGUACGCGGACGGGAAAGCAGCCAGAGUCUGGCAGCUGUACAUCGGAAACACGAAGAGCCGCACGGAGGAGUACCGCAGCUGGGUGGUGUCUCUGCUCAGACAACACGGCUGUAAGACGGUGCUGGAUGUUGCUUGCGGCACGGGUGUGGACUCAAUCAUGCUACUGGAGGAGGGAUUCAAGGUGGUCAGUGUAGAUGCCAGCGAUAAGAUGCUGAAGCAUGCACUCAAGGAAAGAUGGGAGAGGAGGAAAGAGUCAGCGUUUGAUAAUUGGGUAAUUGAAGAGGCUAACUGGCUUACGCUAACCGAUGAUAUUCAGAAGCCAGGAGACGGAUUCGAUGCAGUUAUCUGCCUGGGGAACUCCUUUGCUCAUUUACCGGAUUUUAAAGGGGAUCAGAGUGAUCAGAAACUGGCCCUGCAGAACAUAGCCAGCAUGGUGAAAACUGGAGGAAUCAUGAUUAUCGAUCACCGUAACUACGACUACAUCAUUGAGACAGGCAAUGCUCCGGCAGGCAAGAACAUUUAUUACCAGAGUGAUUUGAAACAAGAGAUCGACACAUCUGUACUCUGGGUGAACAACAAGCCCACCAUGGUGACUCUGGACUACACGCUGGAGAUCCCACAACCUGAAGGAUCACAGAAAGCAGCUGAGACAAGUAAAUUCCGCUUGUCUUAUUACCCGCACCGGCUGGAGAGCUUCAGGGGGCUGUUGAACGCAGCGUUCUUUGGAAAGUGCAAGCAGGAGGUAUUUGGUGAUUUCAAGCACUGUACUCCAGGACAAGGAGAAGCUCCUUGUUACUUCAUCCACGUUGUUGAAAAGACUGCUUAAGACCUUGAAAGCCUUCCACAACAACAAAGGCAGAGCUGAAGACACAACACAAUGCUGCAGUUGAUCACUUCAUACCAGAAUGUGUUAAACCCAAAGACUGCUGGGGCUUAAAUGCUUAUUCACCAUGGAGUCUGUGAGUGUGUGCCACUGAAUAUUUUGUCCAUCAUUUUACUCGCCCAACAGCAUGAAGUUCUGAUUUGUCAACUGGACGUAAGGUUAAUGCUUAGCUGUGUUAGGAAUUUCUAACUUAAAACGAUUUCUAUAAUCCUAAACUUUUACAAUCUUGUUUUCAUUUUAAAUACAUAGAUGUGCAUUGCAAAAAUUUUAAACCCCAACCACAUGCCUUAAACUGAAGCUGACAAAAGGAACAAAGUCGUGUAUAGUAUACUCGUUCAAAUGAACUAGGAAAUUUUUUUUACAAAUAUAACUGGCCUACUCUUUACUUUGCUUUUUAUCCAGCUUUACCGGUAGCCAUCUUUUGUUUAAAAAGUCCUUGCUGAACUCUUCUCAUUACCAGACUGAGCCAUAUUACUCCAUGUAGUCUGGAUAAGGACAAAGUCUGUAUAGAUAUAUAUUUUUUUAAAACAGUGACCUUCAAAGGAAAACGCCACCAUGACUGACUUUAAUUUACUGAAUGUUGUAAUGAAAUUCUGAAAUUCGAUUUGAAAUGUUUCCCACUUUACCUACUGAAAGUGGGGCCAGUGAGAUUUAGCUUUUUAGACUUCAUCUCUACCUAAAUCGCUACCUAGUGAUGCAGCAGUGCUUUAGGCUUGCUCACGUCCUCAUCUGUUAAAGCAGAUCACCUUCCAAAGUCUCUGCCGUAACUCUUCACCCAUUAAAAUGCGACGUAAGAGAGACAGACAAUCAAUAACUUCUCACAGGGUUAACAAAAAUACAGCAUCGACUAUAUCAAAUGCAUUACAAAUAUUUCCUUCUAAACAUAUUUAAUAUGUUUCAGGGUUGAGUUAACCUUUAAGACUGUGACAGUCUUUACAAAGCUCACAGUCUCUAUCUGUUGGACUGAUCAUAGAUGUGAAAAUGUUUCAAGGUGCAUUAUAGAAAAAUGUUGAAAUGUAUGUUUUCUCAUCCAAACCUUUUGUUGAUAUGUUUUUUAAUGUUUCACUAGCUGAUUUCUGUAUGUUUGUUUGGUCUUCAUGGAACACCAAAGUGCAAAGUUCAGGUAGAAUUUGUACAACCACUGACUGUCCUAAGGUGACCUGAAAUGAGUGAUGUGCUGCCAGAUCACUUUAGGACCUUUUCAAGGUCAUUUGUAGUCAGACAUAUAUUGCCGUGUGUCAGUAUAAUAUUGUUCUUGCUAAUGUACUGUUUGUUUGUAGGUAAAAAAAAAAAUAAAAAAAAAUUUGGUAUCCAGUAUUGCAGUGUAACCAUAUAUCAACACACCAACACAGCUGUUAAGGCAGCAACUGCUUUUGGAUCCUGAAGGGUUUCAUUUUGGCUGAAAAUAUAUGAAAAGAGCAACCUUGUUGUCAAAAUGCUUUUAAAACAGUGAACAGUGUGUAAUUUUCUUUUGUUGAUUAUAUUUUAAAAGAUUACUUGUACAACCCCAAUUUGAUAAAGUUGUGACAGUAAGGAAAAUGCUAAUAAAAACAAAGAGAAGUGA